AUCAUUGGUGUUUUCAUUGAGAGGAACACCAAAAAAACCAAAAACCAAAAAAAAUCGAUUCGCUGUAGAUUUGUCGUCGCUGAAUUAUUGUUGCCGCCGAGGAAUUGCUCAAGGCACUCUCUGCCGCACCAGGUUCACUCUGAUAAAUCUUUUCUGUUCUUUGAUUUGCACAAGCAGUGCGGAAAGGUUAUUUGCUACGAAUAUUCGAUCAAACAAAAGAAGGCAGCAGACUAGAUUUUGUUUUUUGUUCGGCAAUUCCAGGGGAGAUCCACGUGAAUUAUUUGGGAGCCGGUUCUCAACACCAGGAAGUCUCAUAAUUUGGGAGGGUGGAUUAAAUUAUCAAAGAUUUCUUUUGGAAUUGGGGUUGGUAUUUGCCUUGCCACAACUAUGGUCUCGAUUUUGGAUAAAAUUAUUGUGACCAUGGACGAUGCUUUGAACAAACUUCUUGGAGUGUUGAAGAAUAUAUUAUAUGGAAGAGUUGAGUUUCAUGACGGAGUCUGUAUAGCUUAUGAUCAUGUGGAUGAAAUUUUGAAGACGCUCCACUUAUUUCGUCAUCUUUUAGAUCUACCGUAUUCUGAUUCUGAGUUAUAUGCGUUCAAUGUGGAAAUCUCUUGCUCGAUACAAGAUUUGGUGCGUGGUACUCCAAUGGCAUUGAGUGAUAUUCCCUUAGAGUUAAAAAGUUUCAAAAUAAAGAUGAUGAAUGCUAUAAGGAACCUACUCAGAGCUCCACUUGCUCCACCAGAUCUGACUCCUACAAUCAUUCUACACAACACCACACCUAAUGGCAUGGAAUCUGUUGAGGGCAUUGUUGUUGAUUCAGUGAGCAUUCCCCAAAUUGAUGAUGAUGGUAUUUCUGUUAAAGAUGUUGUUAAUGCCUUUCCAUCAGAUCUUGUAGCUGUUGAUACACCCGUAGUUGCCCUGGGUAAUGGAGAAGUUGCAAAGGAUCCAACAUUGAGCAAUGUCAUGAUCGCAUGUAGCCUUGUGCCUUCGUCCAAAACGGCCCAAGUAGUAGAUGUAAAUUAUACGCAAGCGGAUAUCUCACUGUCCUUUGAUAUCAUCCAGCCCUCUGCCCAUGCGAAUAUAGUGGAGUCCGAGUAUUGGGUUUCACCGCCGAUAGCUAAGUUUGCAUUUGCUCUUCUCUCUUAUGUCCAUUGCUGUCCUCCAAUUUGCAGGCUUCAUGAAGAUCUAUCAUCAAGUGGGCAUAAUCUUUGGGUCAACAUUUUCUCUCCAGUCUCGAAGCAUGAGUGGGAACCUCCACCUUGAGGACAAGGUUCCGAUAGUAUGACCAUCAUGGACAGCGCCCGCCCCUAACAUCCUCAACCGCUCAUUUUUUACCCCAUCUUCAUCACAUCCUUCUUAGUGUCUUCCUUUUACGUCUUCAGCUUUUAUGCUCAUAAUUAGGCUACGAUUGAAGACAAGAAGGUUGUUGGUUCGCUGGUAUAAGCCCGUGAAUAUAUAUGUCGUCAUUUUACAGAGUAAUAGGGACCGGACCCUAUUGUAGCACGAGAAGAAGAAAGGGUCGGAUUCACUGCUUCAAGAAGAGGUUCAGGAGUUGCUUAAGGGAUUAAAUGGUGCGGAUGGAGAUAUUUCAUAGAAAGUAUGAUGCUGCUCUGUUAGCUAGCUACUCAGGUACUUAGAUCCUAUGUUUCAUUAUCCAUGGAGAUUGUAAUAGUGUCAACCGGCAACAUGUUGUUCAAGUCAAGAAUAAAGUCACGCGUACACCAUGUUGAUAUUAGAUGUCUCCUUUUAUGACCAAGGGGCUUAGGGUAUUGACAAUUUAUUCUGCUCAUGCUUGUUUGCUAAGCACAUUUUCAAUAGCAUAUCUGUCUUAGGUAGCUAUGCUAUUACUACUGAUAACUUGAAAUGCACUUUGGAUAUAUUGCUGGAGUUGAAACCUAUAUGAAAUGGAGAAUGGUGAUUGUAGCUACUUAUGCUGCUUGCUGCUAUGCUAUUUGGAAAUAUAUAAAUGCUAAGAUACAUGGAAAAGCUGAUCAUAAUGCCAAGGAAUGUAUUGAUUGGAUUAAAUGGCAAGUUAACACAUACGGAGUACAUUAGUUGCUAGAAAGAGUAUGGUUUGAGGUUUUGUUUGGUGUUGUUUGUAUUGACAUUUUCUAAAGUUAAUUAAUAUGGUUUGCGUUUCAGUUAAAAAAUGUUUUCAUCUCACGUGUGACCAAUCACCAAGGACUGAAGAUUUGAAUUUGGGAACGGACCACACUACCAAUGUGAUUGACAAAGAAAUUUUCCAAAAUUUAUGAUUUGGUAACAUAUACUCUACGGAGUAUUUGGAAUAAUGUACCUUUUUUCCC